AUGUGUAGACUACUCAUAUGCUUUCUAGUAUUAUCGUUUGGUAAUACAAUAAAUUCCGCAAGAAUUUUAGCUAUUAUUCCAACACCAUCGAUAAGCCAUCAAGUGGUAUUCAGACCUUUGACUCAGGAGCUGGCGAGACGCGGACAUGAAGUUACUGUCAUCACAGCUGACCCGGCAUUUACCAAAGAAAAUGUUCCAGCAAACUUGACAGAAAUUGAUCUACAUGAUAUCUCCUAUAAAGUGGUGCAACAGGAUUUUAUCAAUAGUAAAUUGCAAGUCGGUAAACAAAGCAAUAUUUUCCAACAAACAAAAGUAUUGAUCGAUGUGAUGGUUAAGUUAACGGAAGUACAGUUAGAAAGUAAAGAAAUAAAAGAGUUGAUCAAUGGGAAUAAGAAAUUUGAUUUAUUAAUGUUAGAAGCAUGUGUAAUGCCAUAUAGAAUAUUUUCACAUAUAUUCAAAGCACCAGUUAUUGAAAUAAGUUCGUUUGGAAUGUCUUUAGACAGUGAAAAAGUAGUCGGUGCUCCGUCUCAUCCGUUUUUAUACCCAACGGCAAUGAGCCAAAGAGUCUUCAACUUGACGUUUUGGGAAAAGACCUUCGAAAUUUUUAAACAUAUUUGGAUGACUAUUGCAUGGUCUAUUAGUUUAGACGAGAAACUGUCAACAUUUCGUAAACAUCUAGGUAACGAUAUACCUGGUUAUGAUGAACUGAACAAAAACACUGAAAUGCUGUUUUUGAAUAUACAUCCCGUUUGGAGUCACAACCAACCUUUACCGCCAAAUGUUAUUUCAGUUUGGGGAAUUCAUAAAGUACCAGAAAAACCUCUUCCUAAGGACCUAGAAGAUUAUUUGAAUUCUUCCAAAAAUGGCGUGAUAUAUGUAAGUUUUGGGAGUAACAUUCUCUCUUCUCUCUUUCCACCAACAGCACUUAAAACCUUAAUGGAAGUAUUUUCUAAAUUGCCUUAUGAUGUUCUUAUGAAGUGGGAUGACAAAAAUCUUCGAGGGAUCAGUAAUAAUAUCAAAUUAUCUACAUGGCUUCCACAAUCAGAUCUAUUAAAACAUUCGAAGAUAAAGCUUUUCAUCACACAAGGAGGUUUACAAUCAACAGAUGAAGCCAUCACUGCUGGGGUUCCUCUUAUUGGUAUACCGAUGUUUGGAGAUCAAUGGUAUAAUGUAGAACAAUACGAAAACCACAAAAUAGGAGUACAAAUUAACGUAGAUAAUUUAACGGAAGAUAAUCUCCUCAAAGCAAUAAAAACUGUUAUUGAUGAUAAAAGCUAUAAAGAUAAUGUUAAGAGACUUCGUUCUAUUAUGAGAGACCAGCCCGAGAGCGCCCUGGAGCGCGCCGUAUGGUGGACGGAGUACGUGCUGCGGCACGGAGGGGCGAAGCACCUGCGGUCCCCCGCCGCCAACAUGUCCUGGACCGACUACUAUGAGAUUGACUUUAUAUUUAAGUUAUUUUGUUUAGUCAUAACGAUCCUGUUAACAAUUGUAUUAAGCUUAUACCUUCUAUAUGUUUACACGUUUCGGAAAAAUCCCAAGAUUAAGAAUAAGAUAUCGUAA